CCAGGCACGACUCAAAGAUCAGGUCGUGCUGGCACGGAGCCACGGACCCAACACCAGUCGGACUGUGCCAAAACCCCGUCCAAAAACCGAUUACCCCGGCAAUUAACCCCGUCCAAAAACCCAACCCCCGCCGCCAUGCUCCGCCUCCUCCGCCACGCUCGCCGCCACUCCACCUCCUCCUCCUCCUCCGCCGCCGCCGCCGCCGUGCCCCUCACCUCGCCGGCCUUCGCCGUCUUCGGCGCCAACACGGGCGUCGGCAAGACGCUCGUCUCCGCGGGCCUCGUCGCCUCCCUUCUCGCCUCCCCCUCCCCUUCCCCUUCCACCGUCGCCUACCUCAAGCCGCUCCAGACCGGCUUCCCCGAUGACUCCGACGCGCGCUUCGUCUUCGACCGGGCCCCCGCGCUCCUCCGCCGCCUCCGCCUCGCCGGCGGCGGCGCCUCCACCCGCCUCGUCGCGUCCAACCACACCCUCUUCCCUUCCCCCGCCGUGGAUCCCCUCCCCGAGCGCCAGGACACGGUGGUGAACUACGGCGGUGAGGAGGGGGUGGAGGAGAAGGCGCUCGUGUGCAGGACGGUGUACGCGUGGCGGGAGCCCGUGUCGCCGCACCUGGCGGCGGAGAGGGAGGGGAUGCCGGUGGAGGACGAGGAGGUCAGGUGGCUCGUGGACCGGUGGCUGGCGGAGGAGGACGGGGGUGGGGAGGUGUGGAAGGUGCUCGAGACGGCCGGCGGCGUCGCCAGCCCUGGCCCUUCUGGCACGCUCCAAUGUGAUCUCUAUCGGUCCUCUAGGUUACCUGCAGUUCUUGUUGGAGAUGGUCGUCUAGGUGGUAUUUCAUCUACUUUAUCUGCCUACGAAACUCUGUUGCUCAGAGGAUAUGAUGUGGGCUCAGUUAUUUUGGAAGAUCGUGGCUUGUCGAAUGACAGAUUCCUGCUCUCAUACUUGAGAAAGAGGGUACCUGUGCAUGUCCUGCCACCAAUUCCUGAGGAUCCCAAAGACGACCUAACUGAUUGGUUUUCUGAGUCAUCCUCAGCUUUUAGUUCACUUAAAGAUAGUCUGCAAUCUUUUCAUUCACGAAGAGUUCAAAGGCUAAACAGUAUGCAGAGAAAAUCAAAGUAUUUGUUGUGGUGGCCUUUCACUCAGCAUGAUCUUGUACCUGUAGAUUCUGUUACAGUUAUUGAUUCGCGUUUUGGUGAGAAUUUCUCAGCAUACAAGGUUAAAGACAAAACGAUUGUUCCCCAGUUUGAUGCAUGUGCUAGUUGGUGGACACAAGGACCUGAUUCUAACUUACAGAUUGAACUUGCAAGAGAUAUGGGUUAUGCUGCUGCAAGGUAUGGUCAUGUGAUGUUUCCAGAGAAUGUUCAUGAACCUGCUCUUCGUUGUGCAGAACUUUUGCUUGGUGGUGUUGGUAAAGAUUGGGCUUCUCGAGUUUAUUUUUCAGACAAUGGAUCUACUGCAAUUGAAAUUGCUUUGAAGAUGGCAUUUCGUAAAUAUGCAUGUGACCAUGGGAUUAUAGUGGACAGCGAAAAAGAUAUCAGAAGUGAAGGAAGUGUUCAUUUUAAGGUCCUUGCUUUAAAUGGUUCCUACCACGGGGAUACUUUGGGUGCUAUGGAAGCACAAGCUCCAUCAGCUUACACAUCUUUUCUUCAGCAGCCAUGGUACUCGGGGCGAGGACUUUUUCUAGAUCCUCCUACAGUGUACAUUAAAAACAAAAGCGCCAACCUUUCUCUUCCCCCAUCGAUAAUGCAUGAUCAACUGAGUUCUUGUGAUACAUGUUUUUCCUCAUUAACUGAAGUUUUUUGCAAGACCAGGGACACAUCGUCUGCUGCUAAUGUAUAUGUUUCAUACAUAUCACAACAACUAUCACAGUAUGCUAUGUCAAAUAAUUCAGAGCAUAUUGCAGCAUUAAUUAUAGAGCCAGUAAUACAAGGUGCAGGGGGAAUGCAUUUGAUAGAUCCCCUUUUCCAGAGAUUACUUGUCAAAGAGUGUAAAAAUCGAAAAAUUCCUGUCAUAUUUGAUGAGGUAUUUACAGGAUUUUGGCGUCUCGGUGUGGAGUCUGCUUCAGAGUUGCUUGGCUGUUUUCCUGAUAUCUCUUGUUAUGCUAAAUUGAUGACUGGUGGCAUUGUACCAUUGGCUGCAACUUUAGCUACAGAGCCUAUUUUUGAAGCCUUCAGAAGUGACUCUAAGCUAACAGCACUCUUGCAUGGCCAUUCCUAUACCGCGCAUCCCAUGGGCUGUACCGCAGCAGUAAAAGCUAUCCAAUGGUAUAAAGAUCCCUCCACCAAUUCAAAUAUUGAUCUUGAUCGUAUGAAGCUGAAGGAGCUAUGGGAUAGUGCACUAGUGAACCAUUUAUCGUCCCUGCCAAAUGUGAAAAGAGUGGUGUCCUUAGGAACUCUGUGUGCAAUCGAGCUAAAGGCUGAGGGAUCAGAUGCUGGGUACGCAUCACUUUAUGCGAGUUCCUUAAUCCGACAACUUCGUGAGGAGGAUAACAUCUACGCUCGGCCCCUGGGUAAUGUGAUAUACCUUAUGUGUGGUCCAUGCACAACUCAAGAUAGCUGCACUCGCCAGCUCGCCAAAGUGCAUCGUAGACUUCAAAAGUUGAAUUGAGUUCGCCACUAACAAUAGUGAGCAGAAUAAUGAGGUAUCAGACAGUCCCAUAAAAUAAAAGGGUUUGUGUCCAUGCCAUUAUAAUUUUCGCGUUGAAUUGAGUUUGCCAAUAAUAUUUAAUGAGCAGAAUAAUGAGGUGUCAGACAGUACCCGUAAAAUAAAAGGGUUAAUUGUAUCCAUGAUAUUAUAACUUUCACGGUUUUGAAAUAUGUCAUUACUAUUGACAUAAUUGGAACCAUAUAAAAGGUGGGGUGUGAGACAUGCUAUCUGGUUAUGUUCACACGAGUUUGUGGCCAUCUGUAAAA